AUGGCACCUGCACUGCUGAUUCUUUGGGGGGCUGCCGUGAUAUUGCAAGUGGACUUGCUUCCUGACAGAAAGUUUUUACUUCUCCCACCUGUGAAUUUCACCAUCAAAUUUAUGGGUUUGUCUCAAGUUCUUUUACGGUGGGAGCCAAAUCCUGACCAGGAGCAAUGGAAUGUUAAUCUAGAAUAUCAUGUGAAAAUACACACUCCACAAGAAGACGAUUACGAAACCAGGAAGACUGAAAGCAAGUGUGUGAUUCCGCUCCAUCGUGGUAUCUCAGCAAGUGUGCAGACGAUCGCUUGGCGCCAGGGUUCUCUCCUCGCUAGCACCUGGGUUUCUGCUGAACUUCACGCCCCACCAGGGUCACCUGGAACCUCCAUUGUCAAUUUAACUUGCACUACCACCACCACCAUGGUGGCAGAUAAUUCCACGGCCUUAAGGCCCUACCGAGUUUCUCUGCGUUGUGCCUGGCUUGCUGGCAAGGGUGCCCCUGAUGAUGUACAAUACUUCCUCUAUUAUAGGUAUGGCUCUAUGACAGAACAGUGCCAAGCAUACAGCAAAGACGCACUGCACCGAAAUACCGCGUGCUGGUUCCCCAAGACUUUCAUCCACAGCAGAGGCCACGAGUGGCUUGCAGUGCACGUCAACGGCUCAAGCAAGCAGGCUACCAUUCAGCCCUUCGAUCAGCUCUUUGCUCUACAUGCCAUUGAUCAAGUAAACCCUCCAAUGAACAUCACAGCUGAGAUUCAAGGAACUCGCCUCUUUAUCCAUUGGGAGAAACCAGUUUCUGCCUUUCCAGCCCAGUGUUUUGAUUAUGAAGUAAAAAUUUGUAAUGCAAAGAAUGAUUAUUUUCAGAUGGAAAAAGUGACAACCAACGAAUUCAUCGCAACCACCCAUGCUAUUUCCAAGUAUUCCGUUCAAGUGCGGGCCACGGUGAGCUCCGCAUGCCGAGAGCCGGGGCUCUGGAGCGCGUGGAGCCAGCCUGUUCACGCCGGGAAUGACGAGCAGGCGCCCUGGGCAGGAUGGUUUCCCAUAGCGCUCACCGCCACGUUUUGUAUCCUCUCGUUCAUUUUCUUCCUCGUCUGCAGAAUAUAUAACUUGUGGAACAAGUUGUUUCCACCAAUUCCAGCACCCAAAAGUAACAUCAAAGACUUCUUUGUGGCCACUCACUAUGAGAAAACUGGUUCCAGGGAUACAGAAACUGAGGUUAUAAGUUAUGUGGAGGAGCCUGGAAUGGAGGUCUUGGAACACUCUGUGUUUUGA